AUGGGUAAUUUGACAGGGGUAUUGGGAGCAAGAUUUCCCAAGAAACCUGGGGGGACCACUCUUGUCCCUCGAGACUUGUCACUUGGUCAACUCAUCAUUGACAUCAAUGCCCACGAGUCUGGUACUGCCCAUCAUGACUCACUGCUGGACCAAACCACCAAAGAAAUCCUCCAUCUGUAUAGUGGCAGUACGUCGCGUUGUGGCCGCGCUGACCCUGGUUCGAUUCCAGUUCCUGGAGUUGAUACAAUUUUGUUUCUGCCAGCUUCACAUGUGGAACGUGGCUGUUUGAUUCGUUGGAGAAUGGGAUGGUUGCUAGGCAAACCAAAAGAAUGUCCUGGUGGAUCUGAUUACACCUCACGUUGCCAUUUGUUGAAUUGUCCACUUGUUCCUGCAACACUAUUUGAACAGUUGCCUCAACCUAACUAUGACCAGAUACACAGAAUUGAUUUUGCUAUCACAUCUCUGCCUUUGACAUCUCAAGAACUGCGACCUGCAUACUGA